CUGCGGGCUGGGAUGCGGGGCCGCACGGAGCAUCCGCAGGGUGGGACGCGGGGAUGCAGGGAGCAUCGUUCUCCCGUCGGGGGCCGCUCCGGGGCCGGGGGCUGUGCGGGGCGGGUGCGUCACGGGGCGGGGGUUUGGGGCCGGCUCGUUACCGGCCCCGGCGCAUCACCCCACCGGCUGCCACAGCAACGGGGCCGGUCCCACCGGGAGGGGUGAGCCCUUCCCCGCGGGCUGUGGGAGCGGCUGCGGGAGCGGCUGCAGCGCCCCGGCUCUGCGGGACCCUCCGCACGGUGCCGGGCCGUGCCGAGCCGUGCCAAGCCGUGCCGGGCCGCCCCGCGUGGGCGGGCUGCGCCGCUCUAUAAGGCGGCCCCACGGCGGCCAGCGGCGCGGUGCCAUGUGCGCCCCGGGGCUGCUCUGCCGCCUCCUCCUCCUCCUCCUCCUCUUCCUCCUGCUCCUGCUGCCACCUGCCCCCGGAGCGGCCCCGCCGGGACGGCCCCGCGCCCGCCGCGGGCUCACCUACCCCGGGACGCUGUGGUGCGGUGCGGGCAGCAACGCGGACAGCUACGAGCAGCUGGGGGAGCACCGGGACACGGACCGCUGCUGCCGGGAGCACGACCACUGCCAGCACGUCAUCCACCCCUUCACAGCCCGCUACGGCUACCGCAACCUGCGCUGGCACACCAUCAGCCACUGCGACUGCGACCUCAGGUUGAAGGAGUGCCUGCGGCGGGUGAACGACACGGCCUCGCGCGUGGUGGGCCAGGCCUUCUUCAACAUCAUCCAGGUGCCCUGCUUCGAGUUCACCUACAGGGAGGAGUGUGUGGAGCCCUACCUCUAUGUCUGGUGCAAGACGUACAACACGGUGGCCGUGGCGGUGCCCCGAGAGCCGGCGCUGUACGAAUUCGGGGGGGAGCUCAUCGACAGGGCAGCCAGGCCCAGGGGAGUCCCCCUGAGCCCCCCCUGGGGCAGCACAGGGGCAGGAGCCCUCCCAGGGGAUCGUCACACCGGGACAGCGCCCAAGGCGGGCAAGAAAGAGAGGAAGAGAAAGAAAGAUAAGAAAAAGAAGGGGAAAGGUCUGGAAAAGAAAGGUUCUUCUGAAAAGGGGGCACGGAGCCACCCUGCUGCUGGCCCCACUGAUCCCUGGGCCCUGCUGCCGUCCCUGGGGGAAGCAUCCAACACCAUCCUGAGCGGUGCCCUGGCACGGGAGGGCGUGGGCAGGGAGCCGGUGCCAGCCACUCCCUCCCCAGUCCCCGCCACCAGCGGCAAGAGGAGGAGGAAGGAGAGGAACAGAAAGAAGAGGCUGAAAAGCAAAACUGAGGCUGAGCCCACACGAGAGCUGCAGCUCUGAGUGUCCCCCCGAGCCCUGCGUGGGUCCUGGCUGUGAAAUAAAUUUACAUCUGCUCGAGCA